UCCGGACACUGCGCCCGAGGUAAAUAAAGUCAAGAGGUAACUUGUCAUGUUUUCCUGUGUCUGAACUGGAAAGGAAACAGUUUCCAAGGGUGGUGCUCAGCAUGGCGGGGAUCCCCGGGCUCCAAUUCCUGCUCCUUUUCCUCCUCCUCUGUACUAUUGGGCAGAUAAGUGCCCAGUGGAAACCGACUUGGCCUGCCUACCGCCUACCUGUGGUCUUGCCCCAGUCCACCCUCAGCUUAGCCAAGCCAGACUUUGGGGCAGAAGCCAAAUUGGAAGUGUCUUCUUCAUGUGGACCCCAGUGUCAUAAGGGAACUCCACUGCCCACUUACGAAGAGGUCAAGCAGUAUCUGUCUUAUGAAACACUCUAUGCCAACGGCAGCCGAACAGAGACACAGGUGGGCAUUUACAUCCUCAGUAGUGCCCAGGGUGAGCCUGCGGGAAAGUCUCGGAGGAAGCGGCAGAUUUAUGGUUAUGACAGCAGGUUCAAUUUUGGGAAGGACUUCCUGCUUAACUACCCCUUCUCAACAUCAGUGAAGUUGUCCACAGGCUGCACUGGUACCCUAGUGGCGGAGAAACAUGUCCUCACAGCGGCCCACUGCAUACAUGAUGAAACCUAUGUGAAGGGAACCCAGAAGCUUCGAGUGGGCUUCCUGAAGCCCAAGUUUAAAGAUGGCGGUCAAGGGACGAACGCCUCAACCUCAGCCAUGCCUGACAAAAUGAAGUUUCAGUGGAUCCGGGUGAAGCGCACCCAUGUGCCCAAGGGAUGGAUCAAAGGCAAUGCCAAUGACAUUGGCAUGGAUUAUGACUAUGCCCUCCUGGAACUUAAGAAGCCCCACAAGAGAAAGUUCAUGAAAAUUGGGGUGAGCCCUCCAGCUAAGCAGCUGCGGGGCAGAAUCCAUUUCUCUGGUUAUGACAAUGACCGACCAGGCAAUUUGGUGUACCGCUUCUGUGACGUCAAAGAUGAGACCUAUGACCUGCUCUACCAGCAGUGCGAUGCCCAGCCUGGGGCCAGUGGGUCCGGGGUCUAUGUGAGGAUGUGGAAAAGACAGCAGCAGAAGUGGGAGCGAAAAAUCAUUGGCAUCUUUUCAGGGCACCAGUGGGUGGACAUGAAUGGUUCACCACAGGAUUUCAACGUGGCUGUUAGAAUCACCCCUCUCAAAUAUGCGCAGAUUUGCUAUUGGAUUAAAGGAAAUUAUGUGGAUUGUAGGGAAGGGUGACACCAAGUUCCUUCCCAGCAGCACUUACUGGCCUUUAUGUACUUAUUGUAGGAGAGCUCAAAUUUUAUCACUGGGUGUUUGUUAGUGUGUGUGUGUGUGUGUGUGUGUGUGUGUGUGUGUGUUAUAUGGCAUAGUUAUCUAUUUUUUUUAAUUGCAAGAUGACUGGCUUUAUUAUUUGAAAACUGGUUUGUGUAACAUUUAAGCAGUUUAAAGGAGGAGUUUUGCAUAGAAAUAAAAAAACAUGCUCAUGUUUGGAACAAUAGGGAAUAUUUAGUGAUUAAGUUAAUCUUUCACUUUUUGAGAAUUUUGAUUUUUAUUUCAUCUGAACUCAUUUCAAAGAUUUAUAGUGAAUGGGUGGCAUACGGGAGAUAGACUUUCUAUUGUGU